AUGGCCGCAGAGUUCUCGACAUCAACAACCCCGUGGUGUUUCAAUCCUCCAGCUGCCCCCCACAUGGGUGGUAGCUGGGAAAGACUCAUUCGAUCAGUGAAACAGAAUCUGGUAGAGCUUAAGCUGUCAAGACGACCGACUGAAGAGGAACUUAGAAAUGCUCUGAUUGAAAUCGAAGGGAUACUAAAUGCACGGCCGCUUACAUACGUCCCUGUAGAUGAUGAGUCCGCCCCUGCUCUCACCCCAAAUCAUUGGUUGUUAGGUAGUUCCGAAGGAUUUAAACCUCUCAUUUCAUUAGACAAUAGCUCUAUAGCAUUAAGGCACGGCUGGCAUGUAUCACAGAUGCUGGCGAAUCAAUUCUGGAAGAGAUGGCUUCGAGACUAUUUACCAGAAAUAACUAGGCGUUCAAAAUGGUAUGAACAUGUUAAGCCAAUCGAACAAGGGGACAUUGUGAUGAUUGCAGAUCCGGAACAUCCUAGAAGCUGCUGGCCGAAAGGCCGUGUCAUUGGAGUUACCAAUCGUGAUGGUCAGGUGCGGCAGGUUACUGUUCAAACAGCAAAGGGAGUGUAUGAAAGGCCCGCAGUGAAAAUAGCAGUACUAGACGUGAGGCGAAAUGAGAUAUUAGUCGACCAGCAGUUCGAGUCGUCAAAUUGCGGAGGAGUGUUACCGACCCCUCGGUGCCAAUCGCCUCCCGAGAAAAACAACCCUGCUGAUAAAUGA